GGGAAAAAAAAAAUUAACGAUUUUUCACAGCGAAACUUUCCACAAUCAACGGAUACAGAGAGAUCUGCGAAUCGUAUAAUCGAACUUAGGGUUUGUCAAAUCAUCUUCUAAUUUGGUUUCGGUGUCUCUGUGAACAGUAAACGAACCACCUUUGAGGGGAUUUUGUUUUGCGUUUGGUUUAGAUUGAUCCCAUCUGAGAAUUUGGAGGAUGAGAAGUUAGUAGGGUUUGAGAAUUUUUUUGUAACGUUAUGGAUUUGGAGUGUGAAAGCUCUGUUCUUGAGUCUGUUGAAGAUAAUAAUGGCUUGAUUAGUGAUGUUGAGACUAUUGGGGAUAAACUUGUCUCUUCUUCACGGGUUGAGGCUUCUCCUCUUGUUUCAAAGGGAUUUGGUUUAAAAAAAUGGAAGAGGAGGGCAAGGAGAGAUCUUGUUAAGGAUACUUCUGUUAGUUUGGAGAACAGUAAAGCUCUGAAGAGGGUGUUGUCAGGAGCAGUCGAUCCCAAUGCUAAACAUAUGCAUUUUCCCGGACCUGAUGAUGGACAAGAUAGUCUUGGUUCGGUUGGUUCGGUGAAUAGUGUGGUUGGUCUUGAUAUGGAUGAGUCUAGUCAUGGCAAUGGUCUUGCUUUUGCAGCUGGUUUUGAUUCUGAUAACAGUGAGGAUCGGAGUAGCAAGUCCUCUACUGCAGCCAGCGGUCCCAAGGUUAGGUAUGAGAGGAAAAUGGGUCAGUCUUGGGACAAACAGAGAGCAAAGUAUAAGGGUGGGAAGAAUGUGGUUAGCUCGGGUGAUAGUGGUCAACGGAGGAAGAGUAGUGUAGAGAAGAGUAAUAAACUUACAGGAGAAAGGAUCAAAAUUGAGAAGGAAAACCCUCAUUCCAGUAUGGAAUCUGCUGACUCAAGAAGCUCCAACUUUGUGUUUAUGCAGGGUGAUUCUUUUGGUUUGAGUAGCAGAGAACAGCGCGGAAGAAUUAUAAUGGAUUACAACGAAGAUAGUAGUGAUCAUGACGCACAUACUUCGAAUGGAAAAGAUAAUGUGGGAGAAGAAGAAGAAGAAGAAGAAGAAGAAGAAACUGGAGAUUAUUCACAAGGAGACUCGGUUGAUGAGUCCCAUAUCAAGAACAAUGGUUCAGCAGACAACUUGGAUCCAUUAAAAGAGGCAUUCAACAGUUUUCACGCUUUGCAAGAAGCUCUCCAAAAAGAACUUCUUAAAUUCAAAGAGCUUGGGAAAGAAUCUGUAUCAUCCCUACAUGAUGGAGGAGAAAGCAGUAGUUGCAUACACGCAGAACACAAACGAGCUGGUGAAGCAAGUUCUUCUUGGCGGUUUGGGUCUGAAAAUAUGGGGGAAUUGGGAUUAACUUAUCUAGAUUCUGAGAUAAGGAGCCUGGUGAACAAAGUAGAGCAUCUGGAGAUCAAACUAGAAGAAGCAAAAUGUAUUCUCGAGGUUAAAGAAACACAGAUCCGUGAACUCAACAACAUGAACGUUUCAGAGCCGCGUAAUGGAAGAACAGAGAUCGUGAUCGAAGAAAUUUUCCAGCAAAAGAUGGAAGCAGAGAUUGAAUAUAUCAUAUUCUCAAGAUCAGCGGCAGACCUAAACAGACGGAUCAAACUGAUUGAAGAAGAGAAGACAUUGGGUCAUAAGAUGCUGUCAAAGCUUAAAAAAGUAGAAAAAAAAGCUGAGAAUCUAAAGAAUCAAGCUCAAGAUUUACAAAACCAUUGCGUAGGGAUCACAGAGAUACAAGAAGUGAAGUGUUGGAAGAAGAGAGCAUUGAAGACCACUUCAUGUCUUUUUCUACAGUUAGGCUUGCUGUUUAUGCUGUUUACUUUCCAGUUAACGCCAGGGUCGGAGGCUCCUGUGCCGACAUGAGAGUUUUGUUUGAUUACUUUUAUAUAAUUAUUGUCACAUAAUGUAACAUUUUGGGCUCUAAUAGACCAACUCUUCUUUGCUUCUUCUAUGUUUUUUUUUGUGUGCUGCAAUGUCAUGACUCAUGACUCAUGACGUUAGUAUGUGUAAUGUUAUAUAUUGUUGCCUUUUUGUCAACUUUGCCAUCAUUUUCCAUAA